GUCAAGCAAAGCCUAAAACAAGAACCCAACCUACAUAGACGUACGGUACUGAACAAACGCGUGUUAUAUGUAAAGAGAAGAAGUCUGUCUAUAACUCUGUAUAUCAGCAUCGUAACCCGACCCUCCUUCUUGCUUCUCGUUAUCUUUUUCGUAUCAGUACUAAUCAGUUGAAUAAAGGACAGAGAAUUUGAUAGCUGGUUACUUUAUAUUCUACAAUCUACAGUCAAGUUUCAUGUCUGAACUCGACGGGCAGAUUCCAACUGCUUUUGAUCCUUUUGCUGAGGCAAAUGCUGAGGACUCAGGUGCUGGGUCAAAAGAUUAUGUCCAUGUGCGUGUGCAGCAACGUAAUGGGAGGAAAAGCCUGACUACUGUCCAAGGUUUAAAGAAGGAAUACAGCUACAACAAGAUUCUUAAGGAUCUUAAGAAAGAGUUCUGUUGCAAUGGCACUGUUGUCCAGGAUCCAGAGCUAGGCCAGGUCAUACAGCUUCAGGGUGAUCAAAGGAAGAAUGUUUCCACCUUCCUGGUGCAGGCUGGUAUUGUGAAGAAGGAAGAUAUCAAGAUUCAUGGUUUCUAAAUAGCAGGAGACCAUUUGCUAUUAUAGUACUCUACGAAAUAGCAUAUAUAAGUAGAGCUUUGCUUUACCAUACAGUGGCCUAUUGCCUUACUGUCUAAUGUUGCUGUUGCAUGUACUUCAAAACAGUUGUAUGCAUUUCUACCGGUUGCUCGCAUAUGUUGAAGGAUUAUGGGUUAUUCCUACACCAUUGUCCCGGAUAAUACAUUGUUGCUUUCUCUA